UGUGUUCUGCAGAAAACAGAAUCCAGCCAUCACACAGCUACAUUCACCACAGCCAGACAAACUGAGUCCUACCAGAUGGCCAUCCCUACAGAUGAUAACGUGGAGGCUGGGCCUCCCGUCCAGCUCGGUAAGAUGUCCGUGAUGGCCAUUCCGAGCGACGACAGCGCGAAAACUGGACCCCAGCAAGGCAAGGCUCCGCUAACGAAGAAGUGUAAAGCUCUGCCUUUCCGGAAAGUUCCAAAAUCGGAACAAAAGCCAUCGUCCGAGGCAACUCCAGACGAAAGCCAGGAUUUGCAGCAAGGAAAAGCACCGCUGACGAUGAAAUGCAAAGCUGUGCCUUUCCAAAAAGUUGCUCCGGUUCAAAAGAAAUCAGAACAGGAACUGUCCUCAGAAUCUUCUCCAGAUGAGAAUCAAGAUUCUCAGACAGACCAGGAGCUCGGGCAAACAUAUUCCGUCGCACAGCUGCGAAAGCUGUUCGGAGAGACAUACUCCGUGGAAAAACCCGAACAGAGUUCAAACUUCAGCGAUACCUAUAUGGUGUCUCCACAGGCACAAGACCUGGGAAGCACUUUUGUCGUCAGGGCAGAAAACUCUGAAGAAGCCAGUGCCCUGCCAUACGACAGCUCUGACAUCGUGACGGCUGAAAACGUUGACGACGUUGACGCGAAACCAUUCGACUCAACUUUUAACAAAGGGAAGUUGUGCCUGAUGGCGAUCCCAACAGGACCACAUGAGGAGGAGGAGGAGGCUGGAGGUCCGUCGCCAGGGGCAACCAGUGCUCCUCAGCCUCCCUCCCUGACAGAUGCCAUGAAGUCUAUGGUCGUUAAAAACAUUGUACGCGAGGGCUACAGCCUCGAGCUUGUGCGGCACGCAGUUUGGCGACGGCUGCACGCGGGCGGAGUCUUGUCCGGGCCUGAGCUUCUCCAGGCUGUGAAAGACUUGGAGCAGGAGUACACAGCUGCGGAGAAGAAGCUCGGAGACAAGGUCUUCCUUAAAGAAAAGGAGGAGGUCGAUUUGACCUUGGCCAUGGAAGACCAGGUUGUCCUGUGUGUCCUCUCACAAGGGCACGACCUUGAGACGGUGCGACAUGUGGUGUGGCGACGUCUUCAGGAGGGGAAGGGGCCCUUCAAGUCUGCUCCUGAACUGCUUCAAGCAGUUGCAGACUUGAAACGCGAGUACAAGCAAGCCGGUAAGAAACUUGAGGACAGUGACAAGACAUUUGAUGAAAAGACUGUUGAGUACAAGGAUGGAGAUGGGAAGACAGUGGACGCUUCAAGGGCAUCAUUACAGAGAGCGAAUAGCGUGGUGGAAGCCAUGGUAAGUCCGGUUGUAGAAAACGUGCUACGCGCAGGGUACGAUCGUGAUCUUGUCCAACACGCGGUGUGGCGAAGGUUUGAGACGCAUGGCGAAAACUUUGCGUCCGUCGCAGAACUCUUACAAGCGUUAAAGGACCUAGAGGAUGAAUACGCGAGAGCUAAGGAAAAACUUGGCAACGACGAACUACCGAACAUGCCUCCCGCGGUAGUCACGGCAACAACGACCGCAACAACACCAGAAUCCGAGAACACACUGAGCACAGAGGACAUCCCUCCCUCCCCUACAACAGACAAUGGUACGGCCCGCACCAUCUCUAAGGUGACCACAGAUGAUAACGUGGAGUCGGAGCUUGAGCGGUACCGUGAGGAGCACACCUGUAAGGUUUGUUUCGAUGCGAGGAUCGAGGUUGUGUUCGUGCCCUGCGGACACUAUGCCUGCUGUGGCCAUUGCGCGGAGGGGAUGGCGGAAUGUCCCAUGUGUCGGCGAGGGGUGGACUCCACUGUGAAAGUGUUUUUCUCCUAGGGCUUGCCAAAGUGUAUGAGCUGUUUUGCAUC